UUUUUUCGCCGAAAUUCGGCUAGCCGGUUACAAUGGUUGGGCGAGCGGACCGGCUAGCGCCGGGGAUCGGCUAGCCGGUCCGCUCGCCGCCAUUGUGGAUGCUCUUACAUGAAGAUUUCUCACCUGGGUUUAUCCAAAGAUGCAAUCUUUACAAGAACCCAGUAACGCGGAUUCGGAAUCCGCAGCUGAUUCUGAUAAUGUCGGUGGUUUAGGGAAAGUUGCAAUCGAGGUUGUGGCUGUGGCAGAAAACGGCAAUGGUGGGGAGGAGAGGAGAGAAUCCAGUGUGUCUGAGUGCUCGGUAGAGAUUGGGGCUAAAAUUGAGAGGGAUUGUAGGAUAUGCCACCUCAGAAUGGAUGCAACUGAUCAGGGCUCAGGGUUUCCCAUUGAACUGGGAUGCUCUUGUAAGGAGGAUUUGGCUGCUGCCCACAACCAAUGUGCUGAGGCCUGGUUCAAGAUUAAAGGAGACAAAACCUGUGAGAUAUGUGGAUCCCUUGCAAUAAAUGUGGUCGGGGUAACUGAGGCUGAGCUGACAGAGUCAUGGAACGAGACCGCUGAUACUGCUGCUGCUGCUGCUGCAAGUGCAGCAUCCCAGUCGCGGAACUUCUGGCAAGGCCGGCGCUUCCUCAACUUCUUGUUAGCUUGCAUGGUGUUUGCGUUUGUCAUAUCGUGGCUUUUCCAUUUCAACGUGCCCUCUUGAAACUCGCGUGAACCGGUAAGUACCCAUGCAUAUCCACUCUUCUAAGGUGUAUCCCUUCUUCCUUCCUGUAGCCUAUCCACACCGUUGUGUACAUUAGUUAUAGAGGAACAAGUGUGAUUGGUAACAACCAAGUUGUAUGUCUAAAGCUCCGUCUCCUC